AUGGACGACGUGACCCUAUACCCCAACAGAAAUCCAAUAAUUGACCUCCCAUUCACUUCCAAAAGCGCAUACUGGGACUGGAUGUUUCUCUCCUCUAACAUGAUUACAGAACCCAAGGACAUUUCCACCAAGUACUCCUUCCUUUCCAAGGAGACUAACCACUUCAAGAGCGACGGAGCUUCCAAGGCCAAGAAAAAGCCAAAGAAAUCCACCCAACCUCCAGCAUUCACCUCCGCCGAUCUGGCAGACUACCUGUUCUCCGGCCGUCGGGCCGCCGAAUCCGAUAGCCAGACCUUUGAUCACGGCGCUCAGCAAGCCAAAACCGAGAAGCACGUCCGAUUCUUCAAAGAAAACGCCCACGACAAGCACUUCAUCCCAAUUCCUGUCGACCCGCUCCGCGGCGAAGAAAAUUGGCUCGAAUGGUUGGGCGCCAUGCAGAUGCUCUUCAUUAGCAUGGCAUCUGGGAAGUUGUCAUCAAUGAUAUCAAGCCUUUGGCCGCUUAUCACCCGCUGCACAUCUGGUAUCAGCGCAUUCGCGACUGUGCUGUCGGUCUUAUUUACGCCAAUGUCUCUGCGCCGCUGCGCAAGCACGUUUGCUUCCUCAAUGCUGUUGCUGAGAAUGAUUCUGAUGUUUUGA